AUGUCCGACGAGGAAAAGAACAAACAGGCUGAACCGGCAGUCAGUCGGGAGAUAUAUCCGGAGAUGGACUUGGGCAACGGCAUAGUUGGAUGGGAAAGCCAGGACGAUCCGUUAAAUCCCAGAAACUACCCGUCAUCUCGGAAAUGGUUCCAGUUAGCGACAGUGAGCAUUAUCACGUUCAUCAGCCCAUUUGCAUCAUCGGUAUUCGCACCCGGUGUUAGCCUUGCCGACCAAGAAUUCGGGAAUACAUCCUCCAUACGCAGCUCCUUCGCAGUGACGGCAUACCUGUUCGGUUAUUUUAGCGGCCCCUUAGUUCUAUCUCCACUCAGUGAGGUAUGUGGUCGUCGGGUCACAUUGAACGCGGCCACUACAAUCUUUGUGCUAUUUCAAAUUGGCUGUGCUCUCGCACCCAAUCUCUCAGCUUUGAUUGUUUUUCGUUUCUUCACUGGCUUUGGAGGGUCCGGCUGUCUGACAAUAGGAGGCGGUGUGAUUGCUGACCUUUUCGAGGCAGAGCAACGUGGACUGGCUUUGUCAUUUUUCUCGUUCGGCCCACUCUUCGCGCCAGUCAUAGGACCAAUCUGUGGAGGAUACAUUGCGCAACGUGCCGGGUGGCGGUGGACAUUCUGGGUGCUGGUCAUCGUAGGAGGCACAUUGACCGGUAUUGUCAUGGUGACCAACCGAGAGACCAAUCCGACCGUGCUCAUCCGGCGGAAGACAGUGGCUCUGCGCAAGGAGCUGAACCGUCCUGAGCUUCGCAGCUGUUAUGAGAAAGAGGGUGAGACACGCGGACCAGCGACUCUUCUGAUGAGAACAUCCACCAGGGUCAUCAAGCUGUUGGCAACUUCGCCCAUCGUACUGAUCAUGGCCCUUUACAUUGCGUCAGUCUAUGGCUGUCUCUAUCUUCUCUUCACCACUGUCACAUCAAUUUUCCAGGACCAGUACGGGUGGAGUGUAGAAACCAGUGGCCUUGCAUAUAUCGGUUUAGGGUUAGGCUUUUUCGCAGGCCAGGUAGUGUUCGCUUUGACAAGCGAUCGGAUGCUUGUCCGGCUGAAACGACGCAAUAAUAACAUUCUGGAACCCGAGAUGCGUCUUCCGUUGUGCUUGCCAUUUGCGUUCUUCGUGCCAAUCUCGUUUUUCUGGUAUGGCUGGUCUGUUCAGGAAAAGACACAUUGGAUCGUUCCCAUUAUAGGCCUUUUUCCGUUUGCCUUCGGUAUCAUCGGUAUCUUUGGGACACUGCAGGCAUACAUAAUUGACUCCUAUCCUCGCUAUGCAGCAUCCGGUAUUGGCGCAUUGACUGUUACUCGGUCACUCUUUGGUGCAUUAUUGCCGUUGGCAGGACCGCCCAUGUAUGCAAAGCUCGGAUACGGUUGGGGGAAUUCACUCCUAGGAUUUGUGACACUGGCGAUGGUUUUGCUGCCUAUCCUCUUUCGCCGCAUCGGUGCAUCCCUUCGACAGAAGUUCAAGGUUGAUCUAGAAUAG